UGAAGACGUAAUCGCUCCUCGACUUCAUGUGAGAGUGUCAGUGCUAGAAGUUGGAUGCGAGAGUCACUUCUGACGUUUCACAGUUGUAAGGAACACUCGUGGGCAAUUGAUCGAUACUUUUAGGGUGACAGAGGAGCGAUCCCUAGGGCAGUGAGGACAGGAGACAGAUCCAGGAUGGCACGCACUCGUGGUUCAGCCGACUCGCACUACAAGAGUCUGGAGGGAAAGAAGGUCCUCAUCACCGGAGGCUCAGCAGGUAUUGGGAAGGCGACAGCCAUAGCGAUGAGCAAUAACGGCGCCAUAGUGACCAUCACAGGGAGGAGGCAAGACCGCCUGGAUGCAGUGGUUUCCCAGCUCAAGCAGGGGUACUCGGUGGUGGCAGACCUGCUCAAAGUAUCAGACUGCAAGCGCACGAUAGAGGAAGCGGUGGCGAAGAUGGGGGGACUGGACAUUCUGGUGAACAGCGGCGGUGUGUGGACGGAUGCGAUGGUGAGCGAGCCGAUUGGCGAGAGGGCUUUCUUGGACGGUCUGACGAUGCACGUGAUCACCGUCGCUCAGUUGAUCGAAGAGGCCAUCCCCCACCUGUCCAAGAACAAGAACGGUGCGGUGGUGAACCUGAGCAGCCUCAGCGGGAUCCAGGUCAACCCCGACUCAACCGCCUACAAUGUGAGCAAGGCAGCGCAGGACCACCUGACCAAGACGCUGGCGAGAAAGUACACCAAGCUGGGCGUGCGCAUCAACUCCGUCAACCCCGGCUUUGUGGACACGGAGAUAUUUGACGUGCUGGUGAAGGAGACGGGGCGCAGCAAGGCGGAGCUGCACGACUGGGCCAAGAGCGAGAACGAACUGAACGAGAUCUGCACCGCCGAGGAAAUUGCGGGGCCCAUCCUGUUCCUGGCCUCGGAUGCCUCCAGCUUCAUCAGCGGUGUCCACCUCCCCAUCGCAGGCGCCGCGCAGGUGCAACUGGAGAUUCCGGAUCCCUCUGUCUUCUUUGCGGACAAGAAGUGAAAAUGCUGCGUGUGAUCUGUUGUCAAUAUUUCGGGGAACAUCUGUACUGACAGCGGCAGAUCACCAGCUUUGCUGAAUCCGGAUUGGUGAUGCUUCAUAAGUGAAGAAACUUUCCUGAAGAAAUUUCCCAAUUCUUGAAGUAUGUGAAGAAUGUGAAGAGGAUUCAGGCUUGUAUGUGUGCCUGGUUUCUCAACAAGGUCCGAGUGAAACCACACGCAGAUGCAAGGAAGGAUGUCCUGGUUGCUUUUUAACUGCUUCUGUUGCUUGCAAUCCAUUGCAAUGCAUGCAUGCAGCUCUGAUCGAGUUGGCCAGUGGUGCCCAUAUAUGCUUGCAUGCAACGAUACUAUAGCACUCGUUCAGGCAAGACGUUAAGACAUUAAUGUAAAUCGUUGAAAUUGGUGCAGAUUU